AUGGCCGCCCCCAAGUUCAACAACCUUGAGCUGGAGCUUGCUCCCUUUGGAUUGGAGCCACUGCAUGACUAUGAGCUUGGUGGUCAUCAUCCCGUUCAUCUAGGCGAUCUCCUUGGCGAUGACGGCCGAUAUCGUGCUAUCCACAAGCUCGGUAACGGCGGCUUUGCAAAUAUUUGGCUGUGUCGCGGUAUGAAGGCGUGGGAGACGACGAAAUAUGUCGCCUUGAAAGUCCUCAUGGCCGAAGUGUCGUCAACCGACGAAUGUCCCGAGCUCCGGGCCAGUGAGCUCAGGAAUUUGCUUCCUACCUCACAAGACAAUGAUGGUAUCACUGAUUCCAUCUGUCUUCCACUAGACCAUCUUACAAUCCACGGGCCAAACGGCGAUCACCUUUGCUUGGUUUAUCCCCUCCUUGGUCCAAAGGUUUCUCUGGGUUUAUUUCAUUCGCCCCGCGAUGCCGACAGAACCCUAAGGAUGAUUUGUUUCAAAGUCGUUCAGGUUGUCGAGUUUCUUCAUAGCCACGGGAUAUGUCAUGGUGACAUUACUCCAAGCAACAUUCUCCAACAUAUCUCCGGCCUUGACGGAUUGGCGGAAGAUGAGGUGUUGCAGAUCAUAGGCACGCCAAUCCGAAAUCAGGUAAUACGAAAAGCAUCGACGCAAGGCCAUGACGAGCCCACACAGUACAUCGGGGAGCAACCGUACCUCAUCGACUUCGGAGAGUCGUUCGAAGCUUCACAAUCCCUUGAGGAUCUCGGCACCCCUGGACCCUAUCGCUCCCCCGAGUUGAUCCUCGACAACGCCGCCGGAACCGGCUCCGAUCUCUGGGCUCUGGGCUGUACACUCUUUGAGAUCCGGACGGGCAGGAAGCUCUUUAAUCCAUUUGACGACGACGAUGAUACCUAUCUCGAUGAAAUGGUUCAGGUCCUCGGAAAGCUGCCUGAGCCGUGGUGGUCCACGACCUGGGCAGAGCGGAAGAGACUGUACAAGGAUAACACAGACGAGCAAGGUCGUGCGGUUGCCGCUAUGGAGCCCAAAGCAACCGAAGUAGGUGAUUCCAGGGAGGAGAGCACGCGAAUUAGGCGUGUAGUCCAUCCGUCUAUUGCAGAAGGUGCGCGAUCACUUUGUGAUAAGCUUGCGCCUGGGCUCUGGUAUCUUUCGAGCAGAGGCCGCGAUGGAGAUCACCACCGAGCCAUCUCUCAGAGGGAGAUGGAAGUGUUUGCAGAUCUUUUGGGUAAACUGUUAGACUACGAGCCGAAGAGGCGUAUUACAGCAAACGUUGCGUUGAGUCACGAGUGGUUUAGACUCUAACUUUUGCUAGAGUUAUAAGAUCCUGGGACGCUUUGAUCUGGUCUGCAAGCAUGACCAAAGCUGAAAAGGGGGAAAAUAAUAUAUGUAUAUAUUCCCGAUUCUGUUGUGCAGCGGCUCUGUUCAUAGGGCCUUGAAUGAACACCCUGUGGAACGAGCUUAAGCGAUUUCCCACAGUAGAGGAGUUUGCCUAUAC